UGUUGUCGCUCCGCGGUGGGAGGGGCAGGUUGUAGCAGCUGUUUGGAGUUUGCCUGAGAGCAAGGAUCCACCACGUUACGUUGUGGAUUAAAUAUUUGCGGUCAGUCGUGAUAGUGAAAGUGAGCGUGCAGCUGCAGCCGCGGGUGUGGAUGGGGGGAAACAGCCCGAGUCACCUCUCCUAUGAAGAUGAUGGUGAAGGUGGAAGAGUUACUUUUGUGAAGGGCAUUCGGCUGUCGGACAAAGUCAUCAAACGGAUGAGACAGCCCUCGCAGGUCGUCCGUCCUCAGCCCUCACAGAAUGGAGGUCCUCCUUCACACUCCCCUGAAAACCAAACACCCGCUCCAGUCCCCGCCCCCUCUGUCGAACACCUGUUACCUCUCCUGACGCCUCCUCCUGAUCCAUUCAUCCUGCCUCCACCCCCUUCUCCUCAGGAGGCCCCAUCUACACCUCCAUCAGUGCAACCUGCGCCUCCUCCUGUAAAACUGGUCCCCCCUCCUCCUGUGAAGUUUCACUCCCUUCCUCCGACCUCUGUUGAGCCUGAAGCAUCUCCUCCAUCACCACCUCCUCCUGCAGUGGAGCCAGUAGUCCUGCCUUCCCCUGAACCCUUCGUCCUUCCUCCACCUGCAGAGCCAUGCCCAGCAGCUGCAGCCCCAUGUGAACCCAUGAAACCGGCACCUCCACCUCCUGAACCUGCUGCUGCAGCCCCAUCUGAACCUGUGAAACUGGCACCUCCACCUCCUGAACCUGCUGCUGCAGCCCCAUCUGAACCUGUGAAACUGGCACCUCCACCUGCUGCUGCAGCUCCAUCUGAACCCAUGAAACCGGCACCUCCACCUCCUGAACCUGCUGCUGCAGCCCCAUCUGAACCUGUGAAACUGGCACCUCCACCUGCUGCUGCAGCCCCAUGUGAACCCAUGAAACCGGCACCUCCACCUCCUGAACCUGCUGCUGCAGCCCCAUCUGAACCUGUGAAACUGGCACCUCCACCUCCUGAACCUGCUUCUGCAGCUCCAUCUGAACCCAUGAAACCAGCACCUCCACCUGCUGCUGCAGCCCCAUCUGAACCCAUGAAACCAGCACCUCCACCUCCUGAACUUGCUUCUGCAGCUCCAUCUGAACCCAUGAAACCAGCACCUCCACCCACCUAUGUUGAAGCUAUCAUCCCUGCAGUCCCACCAGUGGAAGUGGUUCAACCUCCACCUACUGUUGAACCUCCACCAGUUGAACCAAUAAUCCCACCCUAUCCUGAGGAUUCAGCUCCAGUUGAAGCUGUAGUUUCGCCUCCUCAAGUGGAGCCUGUAGUCCCACCUGCUCCAGUUGAAGAGGUGCCUCCAGCUGCGCCUCCAGCUGUUGAUUCGCCACCUCCAUGUGAACUGGUUCCACCUCCUCCAGAGCCAGUGACAGCUCCCUCUCCUGCCCCAGAGCUCACGUUUGAAGAGCCCUGCCCACCUUGUCACUGUGUGGAGCUGGCCGUCGUACCCGCUGAUGAUCCUGUAAGUGAACCCUUCGUAGAGCCUGUAGCACCGCCUCCAUCUGCUCCUUCUCCUUCUGAUCCAUCUCCAGCUCCUGAAGAGUUCACCCUCACCCUGCUUCUGCCCCCUGUUGUUGAGGAUGAAGUGCUCGCUGUCGCCUCAGUGCCCCCACCUGCUGCAGCAGCCUUGCCCAUCUCUCCUGAAGUGGUGGAGGAAGAGCUGAGGCAGAAGAUCAAAGGCGAGAUGCAGAGAAGUCUAGAGGAGGAGAUCAACCUGAGGAGGCAGGAGCUGCAGCGACAGCUGGAGGAGAUGAGGGCUCAGGCUCAGGCAGAGGCCAAGGCGGCAGCCCAGGCUCAGGUGGACGAGCAGGUGAAGAAGACGCUGGAGGCGGAGAAGGCGGCGCACAUGGAGAAGCUGACAGACGCCAUCAUGAAGGAGCGUAUGAAGACGGAGGAUGAGAAGCUCAUGGUGCAGCUUUAUUGGAUGGAGCUGAAGGCUUAUCAGUUGGAGGAGAAGGAGAAAGAGUUAAAGAAACGAGAAGUUCUCUACAAGAAACAUGUUGCAAAACUUGAAACAAAGUGUACCGAGUUUUACAAAGGGACUGCUGAGAGCUUCCAGAAGGGCAAAGAGGAGACUCACAACCGUUUUGCGCGUGUCAGUAUCCAGCCAGUGUGUGGAGACCUGCAGAGUCAGAUUUUAAAAUGCUACAAGGAGAACACAGGGAAGACUCUGUCCUGCUCCAGUAUUGCCUCGGCCUACAUGCAUUGUGUGGACAACGCCAAGAAAGAUAAAGUGAGCACUGGAGGUUAAUGUGGACCGCUUGAUGAGGAUGUCCGUACAUCUGGCAGAUUUACUGCUGCAGGGAAGAAAACAAACAGAUGAGUUACAUAGGACGGAGUUCACAUGUAUCUAGAAGAAGUGCCAUAUACCCUCACACUGACUUCUCUGAUGCAGGCCAGUAAUCUGCCCGGUACAGGUGUCACAAAAACACCCAGUUUAGCUUUAAGUAACACUUCAUGUCUGCAACCUCUCGGGAUCAUCCUGAAACCAAAUGUGCCAAAACUACAACAAUAACAGGAAGAUAUUUUCAAGCAUCUGUUUUUGUUAAUUACGCACAACAUAAAAAAGGAGACAUAAGAUUCAAGUUUGUCACAGAUGGUUUUCAUUUUGUCACCAGUUUGAGUCCAAGGAAGGUGUUUGUAUGAGAUAUAAGCUGAACGUGAGCCUGGUUAAUCAAUAUGUACGUGUGCCUUGACGUUAGGAAAGCUGAUUAUGAGAUUGCAGAUGGAUGACAGAACUGCAGAGUGUCUUACUUGUUAAAGGUUAUUGAACUGUACAUAAAUUAUUUCAGGGAGUUUUCACCUUCAACGUAUCUUCCUCAAAGUUUGGUGCAUGCACAAACGCACACGAAUCAAUGGGUGUCAAUAAAUUCUUUUGUUCAAUCACAUAA